AUGUCGAAAGAUGGUAGCCAUCCGAGGUACACAGUUCUACUGCCAACCUACAACGAAAAGGAGAAUUUACCAAUAUGUGUUUGGCUGAUCGAAAAGUAUAUGAAAAAAAAUGAAUUUUCUUAUGAGGUGAUCAUUAUUGACGAUAACAGCCCAGACGGAACAAUGGAUGUGGCUAAGAAGCUGGAACAUGAAUUUGGCAAUAACAAGAUUGUUUUAAGGCCUAGGGCAGAGAAGUUAGGUCUUGGAACUGCUUACACUCACGGAUUGCAAUUUGCUCGAGGUGAUUAUGUCAUCCUCAUGGAUGCUGACCUGUCACAUCAUCCAAAGUUCAUUCCUGAAAUGAUCAAACUUCAACAACAUAAAAACUAUGACAUUGUAACAGGCACACGCUAUGCUCGAGGCGGUGGUGUUUCGGGUUGGGAUCUCAAACGUAAAUUCGUCAGUCGUGGUGCCAAUUUUUUAGCUCAGUUUCUACUUCGACCCGGGGUUUCUGAUUUAACUGGUUCUUUUCGUCUAUAUCGCAAAGAUGUUCUGGCAAGGCUGAUUGCUGACAGCGUUUCAAAAGGAUAUGUGUUUCAGAUGGAAAUGAUGUUUCGUGCAAGCAAACUGAAUUACCGCAUAGGAGAAGUGCCCAUCUCGUUCAUUGACCGUUUUUACGGUGAAUCCAAACUUGGGAGCCAAGAAAUUGUUGAUUACAUCAGAGGAUUGUUAUAUCUGUUCAUUUUUGUUUAG